CGUCUGUUAAAGGUAAAAUAAUUAGGCGUCUUCUUAAUUAUAUAACGUCUGUCUGCAUCGGGAUAUGAGAAAAAGAAUACCAGCAGUUUGUUUUGUGCAGUUUUACUUUGUGAAGUUGUUGCCUAAUGUCUUAAGACAAGGCAAAGACAAGGAAUACAGUGUUUCCAGAGGGAUCGACUUCCACAACGUGUCUAACGUCAUCAACUUUGAUUUUCCCACUUCCGUUGACGCCUACAUCCAUCGGGUUGGCAGAACGGCUCGAGCAGAUAAUCCCGGCACUGCUCUGUCUUUUAUAUCUCACACUGAACUUCAUCUGCUUGAGGAGGUUGAAAACGCUCUUACUGGAGACAGUACAGAUUGUGUAUUAAAACCAUACGGCUUCAAAAUGGAAGAAAUCGAGGGAUUCAGAUACAGAUGUUGGGACGCAAUGAGAUCAGUGACGAAACAAGCGGUGAAGGAGGCCAGACUGAAAGAGAUCAAACAGGAGCUGCUCAACUCCGAGAUACUCAAGACGAAUUUUGAAGACAAUCCUAGAGACUUGCAGCUGCUACGACACGACAAAGACCUUCACCCUGCCGUCAUCAAACCUCACCUGAGAAACGUGCCCGAUUACCUGAUCCCGACAGCUUUAAAAGGUCUCGUCAAUCCUCUGAACAGACGGAAGAACAGAAAGCAAAAUCUAAAGGCAGGAGCUGUGAUGAGAAGCAGCUUUAAGAAGAAUUUCAGAGGCAAAAACCCCCUAAAGAGUUUCCGCUACGCAAGAAAGAAACCUGCAGAAAAGAAGGCUGAUAAAUCCUAAUGGCAAAAGAUUUCCUGGAACCUGCUGCCAACAACUGACUCGGGAGAGACUUUGGGAUUGGGAGGGAAAUUUUGUGGAAAUCUGGACAUAACUAGUUGUGUGGACAGUGUGUUUAUCAGUCUGAACUUUCAGUAUCAGUUUGAAACAAGACCGUUUUGACAAGUAUUCACUAUGACGGACAUGAAAAGACUGCCGAGACUGUAACGUAUAUCUGAAUCAGACAUGCAGGUGGAUGUUUCUGCCUCACUGUAUGUUUCAAAUGUUCUUUAUGCAUAUUAAAAAUAUAAAAUUGUAUCUUUCAUCUUUAAUAAAUCUCUACUUCAUAGAA